AGUACUUGAAAACAGAUAACACUAUCAGGGCAGGUGUCAGAUUGCACCUGGCUCAGCAGCCAAUGAGGGAAUUCAGAGCACAGUUCUUAGUUCCUGACCUCUGUCUGAUGUGCACCUGUGUGCACAUUCUCAGGAAGCUCCCAUGUUGCCAGGGAUCACAACAGCAGUGGAACAAAACAUAGCAGUGGUGUAGAAUCAACUCAGCACAGCUAGAAGUGUCAACACGACUUGAGCAUUGGAAGAUGUUGCGAUUGCUGUUUCUGUGUUUGAUUGUGACUCUGCGAGGAGCUGCUGCUUCCUCAGAGGAGGAGAGUGAAGGAUCAGCAGACGCAGCAGAUGGAGACGAUGAAGAUCUAUUCACGCUAAACGUGAUCCCAAAUCUCAGGAACAAUUACGUGUUUAUCGAACCUGAAACUAAUGAUAUUGUGGACACAAACAAGGCAACAGGAGAAAAAGUAGCGGAAGAUGGAUUUACUACCAUUGUCAUCAUCGUAGCCGUGAGUGUGGUGGCACUGUCAAUCGCAGUGAUAGUAGCCGUAGUGCUGGUCCGGCGCCGCAUGCACAACCGACCACAAGGGAUCUACUCAGUGCCUGCAGAACAGGGAAUGAAAGGAACGGUCUAACCACAGGAUGAGCUCCAGUCCCAUUGGACGCCUGCAGGGGAGGACCAAUGAACUGAGCUCUACAACACACUGCCCAUUGACUCAGGAAGGGAACACUUUCCACCCCAGCCUGCUCUUACUGAACCAUUCCCUACUGCUCUCCUCUCUGGGACCAUCUGUUACUGUGUCAUGGGCCCCCUCCAAAGCCAGUGUAACUUAGUUUCCUAUAUUUGGUCUCUUGUUCGUUUCUGUGCCACAUAUCCCAAAGUAUGUGUGUAUAUUUAAAGGGGCAUUCUGCAGUUGCUACAUCCAUUUCUGGAUGUACUCAUUGAUUCUUGAAUACUAUAUAUGCCUCAGCUUAGUUCAACUGUCAUGCCCCAUCAGAACCCAAAACAUAAGCUUGUUUUACUCCAAAGUUUACAAACAAAGUAUGUUUAAACAAAUGCUAUAUAGCCUCAAAACAUGGUUAAAACUAUAAUUUUGAUAUCAAGGAUGGUCAGUCCUUGCAUCCAUAGCUCAUAGCCUAUGAGUUUGAGAAUGGUUACAUUUCUCCAGCCCCAUCCCUCAGUUCUUUACCAAAAUAGGGAGAGAACGCUUUAUUGUUUCAACUACGGAUUAUCCCUUUAAGCUUGGGACACAUAGCAACAUUUGGAACCAAAGUUUUGUCAUUGGAUUCUAUUGAGAAACCCUGAAGCCAGUGAAUGUGACCAAAUGUGACAAACUCCUUUUGUCCAAUGGCAUAUUUUACAAGAAAAACAAGUAUUGCUAAAAGUCAUUUGCAAUUGUUCCCGACAGGUUUCUCCGCUCCGUCGCUAAACUAAACUGUAUUCUGAGUUGAUUUGGUGCAUUCAGAACAGGCUUUUUUGCAUGAGAAAAGCAAGUUUAAACCACCCUAAACCAACUCAGUCCUCGUUAAAUUUCCCCAUUCAACUCUGUGACAUAUCCUGUCCUUGGCCUAUUAGUGAUAACAGCCAAUACAGUUCAAUGAUAAAGCUUGUUCUCCCAUCUUCUCAACCUCUGAGGGGAAAAAAGGAAAAGAAAUGGGUGGAAAAAGCCAGUCAGGUCUGUUUGAACAUUCACUUGAGGUGGAGAAUUAAUCAACCAUAGUGAAUGAUGUUUUCUUUUCAACCCCCCCCUCCCAUUCUCUUUUUCUUUUUGAAAUGCUUUUGUUCAAAACGUCAACCACAUCACCGAUUGUAAAUCGCUCUCGGAUGGCUGAGGAAAGUCUGAUUUUAAUGGUUUAUAGUGCUGGGACGGGGGUAUGGGGGAGAGAAAUCGAGAGGAUAAAAUAAAGUGUGGGGGUAGGUAGGGUGGGGGGUGAGUGGGGAAAUACCCACGAUGCCCAUGUUUCAUUCAUACUGAGUAUAGGGCCGCUCCACCAUCGCUCCCUGGCUCUAGUUUCAUUUAAAUGGAAAUCAAUCGUGCCCGGUGAACAAAAGCUUUAGGGCCGAGGUGCUGGCUGGCUUAUUUCUUACUCUGCAUUACAGAGAAAGGAUGUUUUUUUGGCAGGGGUCAGAGGAGAGGGGGAGUUGGACAUGUUGUGCUUCGGCAUGACAGGGCUAUUCAUUUGUUGCGUUAUCAUGAGGGAACAAGGGUUGUUGUGAGUGUGAGUGAAUUACACCCAAGAUCAAGUAGUGUUGAAAUCACUGGGUCUGUCAAAACAGCGUGCGCACUGUCUUUCUCCACUCAACCUUACCGCUGUGAUGUCAUCAGCUGGGGAUGGGCUUGGCUUGGCUCCAGGCUGUACAGAAACACCUGUGUGUUAUUAGCGCCUCCAUCACAUUUUGUGUUAUCUGGUUCACUCAAUCAGAAUUGUCCCAAUCUGUUUAAGUUGAUAAAAUUCAAUUAGUAGCUGGUGCUACUAAUAGUGAGAAACAGAUUUUAAAUGCACACGGUGUGGUAUGUGUGUGUCUGCACUCUGCAGGUGUUUGCGUUUGGGGAGAUUGUGUAUGUGGGGUUUGAUUGAAGCAUCACAACUAGCCCCGUAAGCCUUUCUUAGAUGUAGUCUAGCUCUGACAGCAUUUCAAAAGGAGAAUAAUUUGCCAUACAUUUAAAAGAACAAAACAACUUUCACUUACCCUUUGUUUACUGACCACAGUCACAUUCAAGAAAGCCUUUUUCCAUACUCAUAAAUACCAUGAGAAAUACCCUUCACCUACAAAGCAGAUGUGGUUACGAGUCCGCGACUAGUCUCACUAUAAGAUGAGGUUUGCAUAGAACAGUUUUUCUUGUUCACGAUACAAAGUACAUCUAAAAACCGUUCAAGAAAGCAUGUUGAAUAAGCCAUGAACCAAACAAAGUGCAAAAAUCCUAAAAUAAUUGGUUUGACCUGUGUAAUGCUCUGUACAUUCAGCUACACUCGCACAUCUCCAUGGAAUUAUGCUCCUUCAAAGCCACAAAGCGUUGUUAUUGUGAAUGCAUCAAAACUGAUUGUCCUUCAUUUAUUUCUUCCAGGCCUUACGUUGAAAAGGGUAUGAAAUGUUCAAAUAUUGGAAAACAUAUUGUAUUUUCAAAUGAGCUCCAUGGGCUUUUUCAGCUGUGCAAAAGUUUCUCUAGGCCCAUUUUUCAUCUAAUCUUUAUUUUUUUGUCAAGAGAAAGCAUUACCGAUUUCAGCCAAUCCCUGACACCGUCAGACAUGGCUCUCCAAGAGCCUUAACUUAUUAUACAAAAGUCCUUACACCACCCCCCCUCCAAAAAAAACGGUUGUGCAUUCUGUCUUUUGAUGAAAAUAGGAAAAUGUAUCAACCAGCAGAUUUUGUUUGAGGAGCUUGAUGCAUUUCAGGGAUGAUGGGUCCUCUGCACAGCAAUACAUUAUGCAAAUGUCUUCCAAUUUAUUUUUUUUGACAAGUAGCUUGGUGUAUUAUUAUAUUGUUAUGAAAUGUCCUAUUGUAAACUCAAUAUUCAAAUGAUAAUUUUGUCUUUUAGUUAAGCACACGUCUUCAUCAGUACUCAAUCAAUGGUGAUAAACCCUGUACAUUCUGUUUGCUCAGGAUCAUUAACUGUUAACGUACAGUAGCAAAGUGUUUCUACAAUACUCUAUAUCUCAUCCAUUCCUAUGUCUAUGAAUCUGAGUGUGUUUUAGAAUAACGAGACCUGCACUAAAAGUGUAAUCUUGCUGUUCUACUUGUCCUGUAGGUUUCCACAGCCCACACAUUCUCCAAUCAUUCAAUUUGGACUAGCAUUACUCAUGUUCUGUAUAUGGCUCUUCUAUAUCAUGGGUUAUGACUAUUUUUACAUUAAAUGUGUUCUGCUAUGCUUUGUCUCGGCGUGAAUGCUUCACAAUAUGCCAUAUGGACACAGAGCUGGUACACUAUGUGGCAUAAUCCAGAGUUUUGCUCAUUUAAAUUGUAAAUUGUACAAUGAAAAGCCACUAAGAAGCUUAAAAUAACUUUCUACUAAAA